AUGCGGGUAUGGGUGGCCUCGAUUGUCUACUACAGUUAUUGCUAUGCAGUUUGUGAAGUUUUAAGGCUGGUAGUGUUGUAUUUAGUCCCAAAGCCAAGGCAAUCACUCACAAUACAACUGCUGCUUGAAUUUGUCGGCACGAUCCAAAUUUGUGCCCCGAUGUUCGAUGUGGGUACUGUCAUGGAAAACUACGGGUUAUUCGGUGUUUUCAUUGAAAUCACAGGCCUCGAGAUCGUCAACAGUUUCCUUCUUCGCGAUGCCAUUGCUCAUCCGUGUCCAAUUGUGACAACAUGUUAUCGAAAGAGUAAAGCAAUCCGAAGGGCUAUUUAUGUAUUCUUGGUUCAAAUCACUGCGGCCUAUUUGAGCUAUUUUGUUGCUAGGCAAUUCUGGAAAUUUGGGAUUCAUCAAGCUCACACUGAACUCUUGCACACAAGCACUUGCACCGCCGAUUUAACAGUCGCAUUGGCAGUAGGAUAUAGUACAACUCAAAUUUUGGUGAACUGUUCCUUUGCGGGAUUUUUAUGUGUGCUAGGAAUCAAUUUUACUGGCAUGUAUGCAAAUCCAAUCGUUGCCUGGGCUUGCACGUUCAAUUGUGAAGGAGUUUCUCAUAUUGGGCAUUUGUUUGUAUACUGGCUAGCCCCUCUAAUUGGAUGGUAUGCUUCCGAGAUUGUUUUUGGCGCUGAAGAUAGCGAAGUCUUCUGUGAAGAACCAACUGAACCAACCAAAGAAACCAAAAAAGAGAAG